AUGCCGGCCACGUCGAACUCGAAGAUCCCGAGGUCAAGCUCCGUCGGUGUUGCUCGAUCCCCGCUCGGGGUGCGUCGCCGCUACUACCGAUCGCUGCGUCGUGGUCACGCGGUCUCUGUGACACCGGCGGUGUUGAGCACGGAGGCGAUUGGAGGGAAAUCGCCGGCUUGGAAGGAGAGGAGCGGUGAUUGUAGAGACCCUCACAUACACAAUAACAAGGAUCAGCCUAGAGUACUACUCGUUCCGAAGCUUACCUCUACUUCCAACACUACCCAAAACCCUGUGCUCUUCAACCACCACCAUCAUCAGAUGGUUCGAGUAACGACAUCAUCAGAGCCAGGAAGAGGUAGCGCUGGUUGUUUUUGUGUUGAUAAAAAGCUAGCAGCUGCAGCUCCAACGCGAAGUACCCGAUGGAAUCCAACUGGGGAACAGCUAAUGGCCCUGGAAAAGCUGUAUCGAUCUGGGUUAAAGACACCGACGGCCCAACAAAUCCAACUGAUGACUGCACAGCUUCGAAACUUUGGGAAGAUUGAAAGCAAGAAUGUAUUCUACUGGUUUCAGAACCACCGAGCCAGGGAGAGGCAGAAAAGACGCCGUGAACUCAUGUCAAUAUAUCAGACUGACUCUAAGAAAUUACAAACUUUAACCAGCAACACACUUUGCAGUCUCCAGGACAAAGAAUCUGCAGGAGGAUUAACAAACUCAAGUCUUGAAGUUGAGCCCCAGAGAAUACCAAAGUGCACUGUUCUUUCUGAUCAGGAAUCAUGUUCAGUACUGCAAGAGACGAUGAGCAUGGUGAAAAGCAAUUCCUACAGGCAACUAGUGGAACAAUCAGAUUCGCCUAGACCCACAUCAGUACACACAAACGCGUCAGCGACAUUAAUUUACACAAAGUUCUUGAAUUCUCAUCACUACUAUGAUUAUGAUUGCGGUAUGGUAUUGGCUGCACCCAAUAUCAAAGGAGAAGAAGAAGAAAGUAGAGAAACUCAAACUCUGGAGCUCUUUCCACUCAAGAGGGAAAGUCUUAAGGAUGCUAAUGAUACCAGAUUACCUACAAGCAGCAAAACCGCAAGCACAGACACUACUGCAGACUUCAUGGCAGAUCGACCUAUAUUAUCAAUUUCUUUGAACUUUUAA